UCUAAACGAGUUUCCCUAAAUCUAUAUUUAACGUUCCUAUUACCGUAAGGCCGAAUUUAGAAAUGAUAAGGAUUUAUUUGAAUCCGCUACUUGGUUCAUCAUAAAUUGUACAAACGACGCUCUUAAUAUUUAAAUGGUAGUCUUCAAAAAUAGAUACAUUUCACUAUGAACAAACGUUCGUACAUAACUGAUUAGGAGACCUAACCAGAAUGUAUUGAUUUACUAGCCAGGCACGGUAUCCGAGUGGAGGGGAGAAAGCAUUAAAAACUUUAGGAGGUCCGCACCAAUCACGUUGCAGAAAGUGUCUAGACGCCACGUCAUUGGUGCGCUGCUCAUACCUUCGGCCAAUAUAUAAGCAAAUCGUCCACCAGUGCCCCUUUAUUCGAGUUCUCGAUCUUCCCGUCAGAGGUUUCCUUUAUCUACUCUUGAGCGAUCACGGAUCGAGAUGCCACCUAAAGCAAGUGGAAAGGCUGUUAAAAAAGCCGGAAAAGCUCAGAAAAAUAUUAGCAAAACUGACAAGAAGAAGAAGAGGAAAAGGAAAGAAAGUUAUGCCAUUUAUAUUUACAAAGUGCUGAAACAAGUACAUCCCGAUACUGGAAUUUCUAGUAAGGCCAUGAGUAUCAUGAAUAGCUUCGUAAACGAUAUUUUCGAGCGCAUCGCCGCUGAAGCAUCUCGUCUGGCCCAUUACAAUAAACGCUCGACAAUUACGUCUAGGGAAAUCCAGACUGCCGUAAGGCUACUGUUACCUGGUGAACUCGCUAAGCACGCAGUUAGUGAAGGUACUAAAGCAGUGACUAAGUACACGAGUUCCAAGUAAACCAACUUCAUCAUUUUAUGAACGGCCCUUUUCAGG